AUGAAUAUGAACACCAAACGACGCAGAGAGGAAGAGGAGGGCGAGUUUGGCGACGACUUCAGCUUCAAGAGGUUCCGGUCUGUGGAUCAGUCGUCAUUUUCAAACAAGCCCUUUCUGCCCUCUCACACGCCCUCUCCAUCCACAAUCGUGACCGACCUGCAAGCCAUAACGCCCGCACCCAGCGAGUGCGCAAACUCUCCCGAAAGAUUCCUCGACGGCCCUACCAGACAGUACUCCCAAACAGACACGGACAUGGAUAUGGACAUGGACGACGACGAGGCGGAUACGCGCAGUCAGCCCACAGAAGACUCACCCUUUGGCGGCAACUCUUUCAUGCGCCCUCCCAUGCUCAACACCUCGCUCUCAGCACCCUCCAUGCACAACACCAGCCGCAUCCCCACGCCCAUCUACCCAAACUUCCACCGCGCCGGCAUGAACGGGCUAGGCUUCCCAAACAACAACAACAACAGCCCACCAAGCACCCACCCACCCCCCCACGCGCAACCCGCCUGGCAAGCAGCCCGCCACGACCUAGACGACGACCGCACGCGCCGCAUGCCGUCCCCCAUCUCCGAAGACGAAGACCUAGCAGGCUCCCCCAUCGAACUGACGCAAUCCCAACUCUCACGACUUAGUGUGUCGUUCGACGAUAUGGACACCGCUACCGAUGCUGUCGAGACGUGCUCACCACCCGCUGCUGCUGCCCCGCCCACGCCGCGCAGUGGCAGGAAGCGAAGCGGUGCGCUGACGGGGUCGGGCCGUCUUGUUAUGGGGUAUCGCGAGGACUGCGAGAAGUGCAGGUUGAGGGUGCCGGGGCAUUAUUCGCAUUUUUUGCCUGCGUAG